CCGCCACAUAAUUUCACAGGUGCCAAAUUUUCUAUAUCGCUAGGAAGCUUUCUUUUUUUAAAAGUAUCGGCUGCAACCAACAUUUCGCAACUCCUGUGCACACAUCCUAGCUGGCUGAUGUGGCAGCGCCCCGCCCAGAGAACAGGGCUGCUGGCUGCCGUCCCGUUAGAAGCUAAUGGUGCUCGGUAAUGCUGCAGCCCAAGGCAGGUGGCAGGGAUCCCAGGCCGAGGACGGCGUUUGGGCCGGGGUCCGGGUCCGCGCACGCCGGAGAACGCGGCCGCGUUAGAAUGCCGCGGGCGGUGCUGUCUCGGCCGCCAUAUUUGGGCUUAUGGGAGGUCGCAGCGGACAAAAUCCUUCGCGUUUUUCCGCUUUCCAUUCUUCCCUUAGAACCUUAGAGGCGUAAAACUGGGUCCAAGGCAGAGAGCGGCGUAGGUUAUAGAGAGGGAACUAAAAAGGACCUCCUUGGGAGGGUGACGAGUGUGGACCUACCACGACAGAGUGACUAGGCGGGGGCCCCGAAGACACUGAAAGACGCGCUGCUUCACGUGGAAGAAAAGGUUGGGCGAGACCAUCCUCGGAAGGGGGCUGAGGCGAUACCACUUUAAGAGUGAGGGGGCGGAAGGACUGAGGCUUGGAGGUGCCACUUAGCGGAGGCUCCGGCGAGUGUGGGAACCCGGAGGGCCCGGACGUUGGCCCACAGCCCCGCUUUCUCCGGUCAUGAGCCGUGUGGUGCGGACCGAGCCGCUGCGCGGGGAGCCCCCCGUGCGGCUGCCUGGCGACCCCUUCUCCGUGGUGGUUCUACUUCGGGGCUACGCGGAGCCCGAGGGGGCGGGCGGCGCCGUGCGCGCCGACGGCUCUGUGACCCUCAUCCUGCCCCGCGCCUCCCGCCACCGAGAGCCUCCGUCCGAGGGCGGCGAGGCGAAGACCGCCCUGGAGGAGGCAGCCCGGGGUCCCAUCCUCGUGGACACCGGGGGCCCCUGGGCUCGGGAGAGGCUCCUGGAGGCCCUGGCGGGGCAGGGCGUGGCCCCCGUAGACGUGACUCUGGUGGUGGGAACCCACGGACACUCGGAUCACAUCGGGAACCUGGGGCUGUUCCCAAGGGCCGCUCUGUUAGUCUCGCACGACUUCUGCCUCCCCGGGGGCUGCUUCCUUCCCCACGAGCUCGGGGAGGAGCGGCCCCUGCGGCUGGGGCCGGGGCUCGAGGUGUGGGCCACGCCGGGCCACGGGGGCCAGCGGGACGUGAGCGUGGUGGUGGCGGGCACGGCCCUGGGCACCGUGGCCGUGGUGGGCGACGUGUUCGAACGCGAUGGGGACGAGGGCUUCUGGCAGGCCCUGAGCGAAGACCCGGUGGCUCAGGAGCGGAGCCGGAAGAGGGUCCUGGGCACAGCCGACGUGGUCGUGCCUGGCCACGGAGCCCCCUUCCUGGUGGUCAGGGAGGCCUGGAAUCCAGAGGCAGAGGGCCCCGAGGCCAGAGACGAGGAGCCCCAGGAGACGCCGGACGCCCCAGGAGACGAGGAGCCCCAGGAGACGCCGGACGCCCCAGGAGACGAGGAGCCCCAGGAGACGCCGGACGCCUGUGAGGGCAGCCCUCCCGCCCCAGCCCCCGGCCUGGGAACUGAAGUCUAGGUUGGGAGAGGACCAGCCAGCCAGAGCCGGAGGGGCCAGGUGGUCACUCCCAGCGAGGACAGAGCGCUUCUGCCACCGCUGUCACCAAUAUCACCAUUUUAGCAGCCAAACUCGGACCAAGGACGGACCAGCUGUGUGCCACCUCUGAGGGUUUCAUUAACAAAAUGGGAGACGAUUGGGAGAGUUGUCCCAAAUAAAAAUUGGAAACUACGUUGAAAAUCAUAGUGCCUUAAUGUAAAUAAAAAUUGGAAACUACAUUGAAAA